GGUACUCUUGCGGGGAUUUUUAGCUUUGGGGGGACUUCAUAUAUACAGCGUGGGGCUGAACUGUAAAGCAUAGUCUUUUAACAGUCCUAGUUCUAGGAGGUUAGGGAAAUCAUUUAUCUCAGCAAAAUGAAAAUUUUGAUUCUCCUCUCUUGCACUUUUGCUAUCUCUCAAGCAGGAUUUGCUUCCCACUACAACUUCUAUCCCCAGCACUAUCCAGUUAUAGGACCUGAUGGUCAUCCUGUAGAAACGCACGAAGUGCAAGCAGCUAAAGCUGCCCAUUUAGCAGCUCACGCAGCAGCUAAAUACCAGAGUGCUCCUUUGGCUCAAUAUGGAUACGCUUCUCACAACGCUCUUCCCGUAGAUACACCCGAAGUAGCUGCUGCCAAAUUACAACACUACCAUGACUACGCUGUCGCUGCUCAAAGGAAUGGCGUUCAUGCUUAUGCUCCAGUUGUAGCUGUUGGACAUGGCCAACCAAUAGAUACACCUGAGGUUCAAUUAGCUAAAGCUGCCCAUUUUGCUGCUCAUGCUGAAGCUGCUGCCCGUUCCUACGGACACGGACACUACAGAAGACGCCGUGGAAUCUACGAUUUCCACAUCCCUGUUCUAGACCACAAUGGUGUUCCAGUAGAAACCCCUGAAGUACAAGCUGCCAAAGCCCACCAUUUCGCUGAAUAUUCUAAAGUAUUGAGCCGUCCAGGACAAAACAUUCCUGACACUCAUGACUAUAACAAUGGCGGUGCUGGACAUUACGCUGCUGCUCAAUAUGCUCCAGCUGCUUACUCUCACGCUCCCGCUUCUCACGAACCCCUUUACUACAGAGGACCUGGAGGCCCACCAGCUCAAAUUGGUCCCGAUGGACAACCAAUUGAAACUCCUGAAGUACAAGCCGCCAAAGCUGCUCAUUUCGCUGCCUAUCAAGCGGUACAGUCAGGACAUCCAGGUCACUACCACUACUAGUUCAAAAUUUUCGUUAUAAGAGCGACUGGAGUUUGUGACUCCAAGAUAUUUCUUGGAGUUUCACAUAGCCAAGGGCCUGCUGUUGGACAAAAGUGAUAUAUUUUUGUAUUUAGUAUAAUUAUUUUAUAAACAAUUGUUAACCUAUAAAAGACUUACUUAUCAAUAAAAUGUUAACGAUAUAAAUAAUA